AUGGCUUUUGGUCGCUAUACUUGGCAAAAGGACAAAGGAUUGCUCGUAUUUUCCGCAAAUCGCAGGCUUUUACCAAAUCCACGUAUCCAGAAUUUUGAUGUGGUGAAAUUUCACUUGGUCGGUAUAUUUGGUCCGUCAUCGAGGGAAAAACAAAUCGUCAUUCAAUGUCUUGAUCUGGCAGAUGUUUCGGUUCUAGAGAGAGGUGUCAUCAUUGUGGUCAUGACUUGUGUGACCUGUCGUUGUCGUAAGCUUUUGGCCGCUCCACUCUUCCUCCCGGAGGAGUGUAUUGUACCGAGGGCUAUCUACGUGUUGACUGCCUACCCCUCGAGUUCCUCGCUUUUCCCGACAUCUGCGUCCACAAUGUCUACGCAUUCUGCGAGAAAGACUCGUCUAGGCGCUUUCGAGUGAUCCAAAUACGAUGCAAGAAUCGAUGGCGCAAUCAACCACCCCCUCUGCACUUAUAGACAUCGAGCUCUCCAUCACCCCCUCAUCCCACAGCUUCAGCCAGCCUUCUCCUCCAACAAUUACAAUGAAGCUGACAUCGCACGCACGUGCUCCUAUCACAUUCUUCACCUGGAACACGCCUCUUCAUCUUCAUCUGGCGCUUUCCAACCACGGUAUCACAAUCACCGAUACUACCACCGGUCUUGCAGUCCCAACGACCCGUAUACAGAUACAAAGAGGUGCGAUAAGACGCAUACGAGGAUCGUCAGAUGCAGCUUACUUCAUCACUCUUGAACCUGAAUUACCCGUGACAAUGGAGGACGCUUUCGGAAGAGCUGCAAAUGUUCAGCCGCAGCCAAAGUCUAUCGUCCAAAGAGGUCGCGAACUUGACGAUCAAGGCAGAGAGAGAAACAUCCGUAGAUCUACGCGCGCCACUGGGGUAGAUGGUUUGGAGGCUGGCCAUGAAUAUCAAAUCGGGUUGAAUCUGGAGAUGUUGAAAGCAUGCAGAUGGGCAUACGCGACCAAGGAUGACGCGUUGGUCGAUCAUUGGGGCGUUGGGUCGUAUCUUAGAGAUUUUCCGUGGGACAAGAGGAUGUUGGAAUUUCGGGUCGAAGAGACCACUUUGUCGGUAGUGGAGUAAGCUUAGUGCAGAGCAAUGCUCUUAGCUAAUCCAUGA